AUGGUCCUCUCUCACCCCAACAUUCGCGAUGGCUGGUUCCACGAGACCAACAGCCAGUGGCCCGGACAGGCCAUGAGCCUGCAGGUCCAGCGCAUCCUUCACACCGAGCGCAGCAAGUUCCAGGACGUCCUCGUCUUCGAGUCCACCACCUACGGCAAUGUACUCGUCCUCGACGGCGUCAUCCAGUGCACCGAGCGCGACGAGUUCUCCUACCAGGAGAUGAUUGCCCACCUCCCCCUCGCCUCCCACCCCAACCCCGAGCGCGUCCUCGUCAUCGGCGGCGGUGACGGCGGCGUCCUCCGCGAGGUCGUCAAGCACGACUCGGUCAAGGAGGCCGUCCUUUGCGACAUCGACGAGGCCGUCCCGCGCGUAUCGUCCCAGUACCUCCCCAACAUGGCCGCCGGCCUCACCCACCCCAAGUCCAAGGUCAUCAUCGGCGACGGCUUCGCCUUCCUCCAGGACCCCAAGAACCACGCCGCUUUUGACGUCAUCAUCACCGACUCGUCCGACCCCGUCGGCCCCGCCGAGGCUCUUUUCCAGCAGCCCUACUUUGCCCUCCUCAAGCAGGCCCUCAAGCCUGGCGGACACAUCUCGACCCAGGCCGAGUGCCUCUGGAUCCACCUCGGCCUCAUCGGCGAGCUCCGCAGGUCCACAAAGGAGCUCUUCCCCGUCGCAGACUACGCCUUUACCACCAUCCCCACCUACCCCUCGGGCCAGAUUGGCUUCGUCGUCUGCUCCCUCGACGCCCAGCGCAACGUCCGCGAGCCCGUUCGCGAGGUGCCCGGCUGCCGCUACUACAACUCGCAGGUCCACCGCGCCGCAUUCGUCGUGCCCGAGUUUGCCCGCAAGGUCAUCGAGGACGGCGCGCCCGCCCCCGGCCGCGUCAUUGCCACCGGCGACGGCGCCGUCGCCAACCAGAAGCCCCGCCAGCCCAAGAAAGUGCUCCUGCUCGGCUCCGGUUACGUCGCCCGCCCCUUUGCCGAGUACAUCACCCGCUACCAGGAGUACAGCCUGACGGUGGCCUCGGUCAAGGCCGAGCACGCCCAGAAGCUGUGCGACGGCCUCUACAAUGCACAGGGCGUCUCGGUUGACGUCAACGACGCCGCGGCCCUGUCGAACCUGAUCAAGGGCCACGACGUUGUCGUCUCGCUGAUCCCCUACACGUACCACGCCGCCGUCAUCCGCGCCGCGUGCGAGCACAAAGUUGACGUCGUCACCACCUCGUACGUCUCGGACGCCAUCCGCGAGCUUGAGCCGCUGAUCCAAAAGGCCGGCAUCACGGUCAUGAACGAGAUUGGCCUCGACCCGGGCAUUGACCACCUCUACGCCGUUAAGGCCAUCGACGACGUUCACGCCGCCGGCGGCAAGGUCAAGUCGUUCCUCUCCUACUGCGGUGGCCUCCCCGCACCCGAGGCGGCCGACAACCCGCUGGGCUACAAGUUCUCGUGGUCGUCGCGCGGCGUGCUGCUGGCGCUGCGCAACACGGCCAAGUUCUACCGCGACGGCCAGCAGCUCACCGUCGGCGGCCAGGAGCUCAUGGCCGCCGCCCAGAGCUUCUACAUCUCGCCCGCUUUCGCCUUUGUGGCCUACCCCAACCGCGACUCGACCCCCUUCCGCGAGUGGUACCGCAUUCCCGAAGCCGAGACCGUCAUCCGCGGCACGCUGCGCUACCAGGGCUUCCCCGAGUUCAUCCUCGCCCUCGUCAAGCUCGGCUUCCUCGACGAGGAGGCCAAGCCGUUCCUUGCCUACGGCUCCAAGGCGUCGUGGGCCGACGUGACGGCGGCCAUGCUCGGCGCCAAGUCCAACGAUGAGAAGACCCUCAUCGAGGCGGUGCGCGCACGCUGCCAGUUUGCCUCGGCCGCCCAGGAGGAGACCAUUGUCCGCGGCCUCAGGUGGCUCGACCUCUUCUCGACUACCGCGCCCGUCACCGUCCGCGGCACCGCCGCGCAGGAGAAGGCGGCCGAGGCGGGCAACCCGCUCGACUCGCUCUGCGCCACCCUCGAGCACAAGUGCGCCUACGCGCCCGGCGAGCGCGACAUGGUCAUGCUGCAGCACAAGUUUGAGAUCGAGACGGCCCAGGGCGAGGCCAAGACGCUCACCUCGACGCUCCUCGACUACGGCAUCCCGCACGGCACCUCGAGCAUGGCAAAGCUCGUCGGCGUCCCCUGCGCCAUCGCCACCAAGCUCGUCCUCGAGCGCCACCCGGCCCUCUCCAAGGUCGGCAUCCUCGCACCUUAUUCCCAGGACAUCUGCGACCCCAUCCGCCUCGAGCUCGAGAAGGAAGGCAUCGUCCUCGAGGAGAGGUACGUCUGA